GGUGGCCCCCUCGUGUGCCAGUCUGCACCGAGAUUCCGGCGCGAAUCGUCCUUGUUCGUCGCGGCGUCACGCCAAACUCCUAGAUGGAUGUUGCUGAACCGCGUACUCGUCUCAGCGAUUCCCAUCGUUGCGCAGUUCCUCGCAGUCUGUCCGGCCUUCGUCGAAGGACGGCAAUCGAGGAAUCUGGACGUAUUGGGACAGAUAUCUGGUCACCAUCACGGCACGCAGUAUGCAUCCCAAUCGGACAAUUACAAGAACAAUUCUGACUCGCCCAGGUUUGCCGAGGAAAUUCAAAACGUGACUGUAAGCAAAGGUCGGAAUGCGAUGUUAGCAUGUAUAGUGGACAAUCUACGAAACUAUAAGGUGGCAUGGGUGCGCGUCGAUACACAGACUAUCUUGUCCAUCCACCAUACCGUGAUCACGCAAAACCCGCGGAUCUCGUUGACGUACAACGACCAUCGUACUUGGUACCUCCACAUACAAAAGGUCGAGGAAACGGAUCGUGGGUGGUACAUGUGUCAAGUGAACACGGACCCGAUGAGGAGUCGACAGGGCUACGUACAGGUCGUUGUGCCGCCUAGUAUUAUUACAAAGGAAACCAGUACAGAUAUGGUCGUCCGCGAGGGUUCGAACGUAACAUUAACGUGUAAAGCCACUGGAUAUCCAGAACCUUACGUGAUGUGGCGUAGAGAGGACGGGAAGAAGAUAAACUACAACGGUGAAAGUGUGGACUUUGUGGACGGCGAGGUGCUGCAUAUCAUCAAGAUAAGUCGAUUGCACAUGGGGACGUACAUGUGCAUCGCGUCGAACGACGUACCACCUCGAGUUAGCCAGCACAUAUCUCUCCGCGUGCAGUUUCCUCCUAUGCUGACGAUACCGAAUCAGUUGGAAGCCGCGUACAUUGGACAAGAUGUGACAUUGGAGUGUCAAACCGAGGCUUAUCCAAUCUCGAUUAAUUACUGGACUACCGAACAUGGGGACAUGAUCAUCUCCGGCAAUUACCGUUCUAUUACAGGCGAUAAGUACGAGGCGGUGUCCACCGACAACGAUUACAACAAAUAUAUGAUGCUGAAAAUUAGAAACGUCGGCCCGAAGGAUUUUGGCUCGUACAAAUGCGUCGCGCAAAAUUCCCUCGGCAGUACUGAUGGUGACAUUAGGUUGGACGAAAUUCCAGCACCGUCGACGACGUCAACGACGCCACUGCCAUACUACGUCACUUCGUCGAUGAAGAAACACGGUAGAAACAGUAACAAGAAAUUACAACGACCUAUCGACUACGAGGUCGAGGAAUGGCGAGAUCCAGAUUAUGACAGGGAUUACGGUCCGCCGUCGAUGAGGCCGCCGGGCGAGCCUCCAGUGGACGCGUUAAGUCCGGGCGUAUCACAUCGGGCGGAGCUCGUUCUUCAUCUUACGGUGAGUCUACUGUCGCUGCUACUUCCAGCCAUCAGAAGGUGAUUCUCACGUCGCGGGAACGGGGCUUCCAGUUCUAGUGUUUAUUGGACGGUAACCAGACCGGAGCCGGCUGCCACUUUCUGGUACGCCGGCUUCGCGCUGGAUGAUGGACGAGUGCGACGAGCAAAGACGCGCUUGAAAUUAUUUUCAUACUAAACGUAGACGUAUACAGAAAAGCAGAGGAUAUUAUAUAUAUAAAUAUAAAAAAAAAAAUGAAUAAAUAUAUAUAUAAAUAUAAAUACAAAUAUGAUAUGUUGUGUAAGUAUAUAUAUAUAUACAGUAAGAGAAUUCUUAGGCUUUUAUGAACGGCGAUGAUUUUGUGGCCACCUUUUCAUUCUCCCUCGUAGGCGUGUGAAUCGAGUAUGAGAAGGGAUUCGUGUUCGACCAUGCGAGUUUCGCUCCGUGCAGGGAGACACGCCGAUGGUUUUCAGCCGAUGUUAACGCGGGUCUUGCCGUUGUCUCAUAUAAACGCGUUGCUGCUUUUAAGUGUUCAGCCAAAAACAAAACGAGUUUUAUAAUCAAACGUGUACGCCGGACCGGCUGGGAACCACUGGCCUCUGAAUUAGCUCCGAUACUAAUUAGUUUCCUUGCACAGAGACGAGCGAAGAUUAGAUGUUCGGAAUUUCUUCGUUUAAACCGAUUACCUAUGUAAAUACCAAAAUAAUUUCAUAAAUCUCGCCAACAAUUAUCGUAGGUAUUCAUUAUGAGACUCGUUCAUCUCGUUUCAUUUAAGAGAUUCUCUUUACACGUAAAUCUAGGGAUAACUUAUUUUUCGUGAAGACGCACAUGGAUUUUUGUUACCAAAGACAGAGAAGAGAUUAAUUAUUGUAUCGUCUCGUUAGUCGAAAAUCGAUGGGAUGACGAAGUACGCGGAACGAUAGUUCAUCAAAAACAUAUAGACAUUAUUUUAAAAACGGUUUCGCGUACUUCUCGUUCGUGUACCGAUCUCACUUCCCGUCGGACGCGAGCAGGCAAUCGGUGUUCGUUCGCGACGGUGAUUAACUCUAGUCGGGCGAGCAAGCCGCAACCUGUAUUUCGUUACAUAUAAAAUAACAUAUACGUACGCAUGAAGGAAUAAACUAAAACGUAAUUAUAACAUUAUACGCAAGAACAUAUACAGUAUAAUAUAAAUAACGAAUACGUAGUUGUGUUGGGACACGCGCUUCGAGGUUCCAUUCGAAACACAUGUACACUCUUGUCUAUGGGCCUUGUAAUAUACGAGCAACAAUUAUUUAACAAAUUAGAAAUGCCAUUAUUAAGAUUCUGUUAUAAAAUGAAUUACGAUUUUUAAACGUUUAAUAUAAUUUUACUUCGUAUAAUAAUCAAUGAAUAUUUUAAUAAGAAUGAAAAGAAAAGCUCUGGCAGCUUUUAGUUAUAGGCUGAUUGUACAUCAAAUUCUUUCGGUCUUUUCAAUCGUUUUAAACUUGUGGACAGAUGUGUACAUGCUAAUGUGAACAGUUUGGGAAGCACAGAGGCGUUUGUAAAUGUGUAUCGGGGCGUAGUUAAGAAUGUUAACGUUUGCGAGUUCCCGCGUGUACGGAAGGAGCGCGACGACGAUGUAGACUGUUGCGUGGCCCCGAAUCAUCGGACGACGAUGCGACGGUGACUUCGCGCAAAAGCUUCGUCGUUUCAGUUCGAUUUUACGCAUCAAACGCGGGAUAACCGAGUUCUCCCGUGAGGCUACACGUCGACGACAAUAUUUUUAGCUUUAACGAGACUUAAAGUAGAUUUAACGAUCUAUAUCUGUAGAGAAUAUUUCCAGAAUGCUUUUUCCUUCUCUUAAUGGAAUCUAUUGUAAAUUCUUUUUUCAUAAUAUUCAUUCUGCUGUAUGGACUCAGUUGUGUGCAAAGGUCAGAGAAGUAGAGGCUUUUGACGGUGACUCCUUGUCCGUGAACAACCUCUCUGAAAGUCUAUUUCGAGUUUCGUUCAAGCCUAAUGGAGAAUUGGUGGUAGCAGUUAGAUGUGGCAUAUCUGGGAAAUAUUGAAUCGCUUGUCUUUUAACUUAAAAGUGGCAUACAUGUUUUUCCUAUACAAAAUUCUCAGUGAAAUUCUUUAUGCAAUUUUAUGAAUCCUAUUAUUAAGUAUUGAAAAAUAAUAAGGUAAACUGUUUUUCCUCAAAGUAUUUAUGGUAGUUUAUACAUUUUGUUGAAUAUUCCUAUUUAUUAGAAAAAGAGACAGGCGAUUCAAUGAGUAUAUGUCCGGUUGUUCCGUUCGAAAGGGACUCGAUGAAGAGACGUUAAUAACGCGUGUUUGCCGAUUAAUUGUUCUGUAAAUACAUAUUGUAGGUACGUUACGCUGUGAUGAAUAUAACAUAAACGAAUCGUCGUCUAUUUUCGCGAGUUGAUGAUUCGAGGCUGCGAUUUUGUUGACGCAGGAGUAUAAGAAUUGCGAAUGUGUUGUGAAUAGCGAUUAUUGUCGAAGCGACCGUUAUAUAUAUAUAUAUAUAUAUAUAUAUACAUACGUAUCGAUACGAUGAUCGUGCGAGAACGUCGAAGAGUAGAAACGUCGAGACGAGCGAUCGUCUAGAUAUGUCGUAUUGGAUUAUAAUAAAUUACGUUAUUAAUGUA